AUCUCCAGAUUUCUAACCUCGCUAGAUAAACGUAAAUCGAUCUAAUAAUGGCGAAUGAGAAGAUGCUUCCAGCCCAAGAGGCUGCCAAAAUCUACCACACCAAUUAUGUGAGAAAUGCCAGAGCCAUCGGCGUCCUGUGGGCUGUUUUCACCUUAUGCUUCGCCAUCAUUACUGUGGUGGUCUUCAUUCAGCCCUAUUGGAUUGGUGACAGUGUUAACACCCCGCAGGCUGGAUACUUUGGGCUUUUUCACUACUGUAUUGGCAACCCCAUCACCUCCGAAUUGGUCUGUAAAGGAAGCGUGUUUGAUUUUGCCUCGAUCCCCUCUGGGGCUUUCAGGACUGCUAUGUUUUUUGUUGGCACCUCAAUGCUCCUUAUCGUAGGCACCAUCGUGUGCUUGGGUCUUUUCUUCUUCUGCAACUCCGCAAGUGUGUACAAGAUAUGCGCAUGGAUGCAAACAUCUUCAGCUGUGCUGAUGGUGAUGGGUUGUAUGAUUUAUCCGGACGGUUGGGAUGCUCCGGAGGUAAAGCGAAUGUGUGGCGAGCGGACGGGCAAGUACACACUGGGAAACUGCACCAUUCGCUGGGCUUAUAUUCUAGGCAUUAUCAGCAUCCUGGACUCAGGGUUACUGGCACUGCUUGCUUUCACUCUGGGCAACCGGCAAGACAAACUGCUGCCGGACGACUUCGAGGUGGAGGGAGCAAACAACGGAUGAGGUAAAAAACCUAAACCCAACAGGAGAUCUGCAGUGGACAUGGAACUAGGCUACAUUCGUACUAAAGCAAAACAAAAUCAUACAAUCUUAUUAACUUGAAAAGAAACAGUUUCAAUUAAAUUCAAAUGUAUGUAUGUGCAUAGCACCUUUCAUAAUAAAUAUUGUUCUA